GGAGGGAAGUAGGACUUCAACAUGGCGGCUGGGGUAUUGGCGGUGGCUACGGUGACGGCCUGGCCUGGGGUGGGAAGAGUGGAGGGUGGUGGCGUUUACUUUUCCUAGGGGCGUCGGGAGCUCAGCGGGGACCAAGCCUGGGAGGCUGGCGGUCGCCAGAACCUUUCAGUUUUGGGGACUGCACCGGUGUUCAGGUGAACCAAAUGUGAAUAAGAUACCAUUUGUCAUUGAUCAGGUUCUAAAUGGCUUCUAAAAAGUUGGGUGCAGAUUUUCAUGGGACUUUCAGUUACCUUGAUGAUGUCCCAUUUAAGAUAGGAGACAAAUUCAAAACACCAGCUAAAGUUGGUCUACCUAUUGGCUUCUCCUUGCCUGAUUGUUUGCAGGUUGUCAGAGAAGUACAGUAUGACUUCUCCUUGGAAAAGAAAACCAUCGAGUGGGCUGAAGAUAUUCAGAAAAUCCAAGAAGCCCAGCAGGAAGCAGAGCGCAAGGCUGAGGAAGCAGAAGCUAAAGUGAAUUCGAAGAGUGGCCCAGAGGGUGACAGCAAAAUGAGCUUCUCCAGGACUCACAGUACAGCCUCCAUGCCACCUCCUAUUAACCCUAUCCUGGCCAGCUUACAGCACAACAGCAUCCUCACUCCAACGCGGGUCAGUAGCAGUGCCAUGAAGCAGAAAGUGCUCAGCCCACCCCACACAAAGGCAGAUUUCAACCCUGCUGACUUUGAAUGUGAAGAAGAUCCAUUUGAUAAUCUGGAGUUAAAAACUAUUGAUGAAAAGGAGGAGCUGAGAAACAUUCUGGUAGGAGCCACUGGACCCAUUAUGGCUCAGUUACUGGACAGUAACUUGCCCAGAGGCAGCUCUGGGUCUGUGUUGCAGGAUGAGGAGGUCUUGGCGUCCUUGGAGCGGGCAACCCUGGAUUUCAAGCCUCUUCAUAAACCCAAUGGCUUUAUAACUUUACCACAGUUAGGCAACUGUGAAAAGAUGUCGCUGUCUUCCAAAGUGUCCCUUCCUCCCAUCCCUACAGUAAGCAAUAUAAAAUCUCUGUCCUUCCCCAAACUUGACUCUGAUGACAGCAGUCAGAAGACCGUCAAGCUGGGCAGCACUUUCCAUAGCACGUCCUGCCUCCGCAGUGGCACGCUCCGAAACUCCCUAAAGCCUUCUACCCAAAGCAGUGCCAGUGAGACCAAUGGGGACCAUGCUUUCGGGCUCUCGGCCUUGAACUUGGAUAGUGGCUCAGAGGUGCCGACUCUGACACCAUCCCACAUGCCUUCCCCGUCUGUAUUGUCUGUGUGCACAGAAGAAUCGUCACCUCCAAAUGCAGGGCCCACAGUCUCCCCUCCGAAUUUCCCAGUGUCACAAGUGCCCAACAUACCAAGUUGUCCCCCGGCCUAUGGUGAACUGCAGGCACUGUCCCCCAGUGAGCGGCAGUGUGUGGAGACAGUGGUCAACAUGGGCUAUUCAUACGAAUGUGUCCUGAGAGCCAUGAAGAAGAAAGGAGAGAAUAUCGAGCAGAUUCUUGACUAUCUGUUUGCACAUGGACAGCUUUGUGAGAAGGGCUUCGACCCCCUCUUAGUGGAAGAGGCUCUGGAAAUGCACCAGUGUUCAGAAGAAAAGAUGAUGGAGUUUCUCCAGUUAAUGAGCAAAUUUAAGGAAAUGGGCUUUGAACUGAAAGACAUUAAGGAAGCCUUGCUAUUACACAACAAUGACCAGGACAAUGCUUUGGAAGACCUCAUGGCUCGGGCCGGAGCCAGCUGAGACCAGGCCCUGCCUCGCCCUGCCACGGAACCACCCUUCCCCAGGAGGCCCUGGAGAGCCCACCUGUGGGGAGAUUCCUUUGGGGCUAGGUCAGGUGGGGAGACUGUGCUUGCAGGUCUCUAUGAGGUUAGGUCUUGAGCUGGAAAGGAGUGGGGAAGAUUUGGGCAUGUGAUACAUGACCCAUCCUGGCUCCUUCCAUAUUAAAUUUAUUUGUAUUUUGAGAAGUGUCCUUCCCAUCUUGGCCCUCUAGAUAGGCUCUCUUGGUCUUUCUGGGGUCUCUGCGUCCUCAGUCAGAACCUGGCUUGGUCACCAAGAGGAGUGGGGAGGAAAUGGGAGGGCCAAACUCAGUGCUGCUCUAGGGCUAGAUGCUGCCCCUCUGCCUGCACUGGUGGACUUAACUUUAAUCCAGUGCAAGUGAAAGGUUCUUCCAGGGUUUGUCCAUCUUCACCUUUUACCAGAACCUUAGUGUUACAUUGGUUCUGCAGUGUCCGUGAGGUCCAGAGAACGCACUUUUCCAUGGGGCUGGUUUGCCUCUGCUGCCCAGGGCUCCAAAGCCCCUGCUUUCGGAAAGCAUCGCCAGCUGGAGUCAUCCUUGGCCCCUUCCCAGCACAGCAGAGAAAGCAGGCUGUGACCUCGUCCCCAACACUCACCCCACAGGUUUUGGAACUCUCUUCCAGGCCUGCUUUAGGAUGACACAAGAGUAACUCACCUACGCAUAGAAGUCAGUUUCUUUGGUUUGUUUUAUAUUAUGUUGUAUAUCAUUAAAGAUCUAAAUACAUAGGAUAUACAGUCUUCAUGAAUCUAAAAUAAUUUGCUAACUAUUUUGAUUCUUCAGAGAGAACUAAUAAAAGUCUAAAAGGUA